GCUUCAGUUUGGUGCUUAAACGCGUUGCGCGUACUUCAUUAAGCUGUAAUCAAUUAAGCUGGUGCAGCUAUCGUUUAGUAAACAUACUCAAAAAAGAAACAAUUUGUGUAUGCUUUGAUCAUUCUUCUUAAAAUAUACUUGUAAAUUUGACAAAGUUGAAGUGAAUUUCGAAAAUUGGAAGUCAACUAGAGGCCAUGAAGAGCAAAGAAAUUUACCAGACUUUUAUUUUGUUCCUAGCCAUAUGUAAUGAUUUUCCUGAAACUUAUGCAUUACGUGUUGCCAACUUGCUACCAAAACAACAUAUAAAAGAUCAUCAAGCGGACCUUACACCAUCGGAGUCCUUCUGGCAGCAACAUGUGGCCACUUCUAGUAGUUCAGCUCCAUUUGAUUCACCAUUCUAUUCGGCAGCACAUGGUCUUGUGCAGACUCACCCUUCUAUAAACCACCCAAGCCCCGUUCCUCUUAAUGCUGGAAGCGGGUAUCUUAAUUCACGCGGAAGUCUACCGACCUCUGCUCGAUAUCCAAGCAACAAGAUUACAGGCACCGUGGUCGAACCCAAUCCGAAGUCACCAUUCCGUCACUUAGAUUUCUCUACUAGUGCAACUGCCGAGCUGCGACGCAAUCCUGCUUUAUCUGCUCCUGAUGAAUGUGCCCGUGCUUGCCGAGAAGGCGAACCUCCAAGAAUUUGCUAUUACCAUUUUACAUUAGAGUACUACACAGUACUUGGCGCUGCUUGCCAGGUAUGCACUCCAAAUGCCACAAACACGGUUUGGAGCCAUUGCCAGUGUGUCUUAGCUGACGGAGUUGAACGCGGAAUUCUGACUGCAAAUCGUAUGAUUCCUGGGCCUAGCAUUCAAGUAUGCGAAAACGAUAAAGUUGUUAUAGACGUAGAGAACCACAUGGAAGGAAUGGAAGUAACUAUUCAUUGGCAUGGGAUAUGGCAACGAGGUUCGCAGUAUUACGAUGGCGUUCCAUUCGUCACCCAGUGUCCUAUUCAGCAGGGUAAUACUUUUCGGUAUCAGUGGACAGGAAACGCCGGAACACACUUCUGGCAUGCUCAUACUGGUCUACAGAAACUAGAUGGACUUUAUGGUAGCGUCGUCGUUCGACAGCCACCUUCACGGGACCCUAACUCUCAUUUAUAUGACUUUGAUUUAACAACCCACAUAAUGCUUAUCAGUGACUGGUUGCAUGAAGAUGCUGCAGAGCGGUAUCCCGGACGUCUAGCAGUUAACACAGGCCAGGACCCAGAAUCCAUGUUGAUCAACGGCAAGGGCCAGUUUCGUGACCCAAACACUGGCUUUAUGACUAAUACACCAUUGGAAAUAUUUACAAUUACACCAGGCCGUCGUUACCGCUUCCGAAUGAUAAACGCAUUUGCUUCAGUCUGUCCAGCACAAGUAACGAUUGAGGGUCACGGCAUGACGGUUAUAGCAACCGAUGGUGAGCCUGUGCAUCCUGUUGAUGUCAACACAAUCAUUUCAUUCUCAG